AUGGGAUCCAUACCACUCCCCAGUUUUGGCACUUCUCGCCAACGAGUUUUUCCCGCAACAGUCUGGCUCCACAACGCGACCGAGACAUCGCAAGACAUCACGCUGCACCAUGACCGCCUGAGACAAACCCUGCGAGAGACCCUCGACGACUACCGGCACUUUACCGGACAGCUGCGAUGGGCGACCGAGGACGACAUCAAGCCCGGCGACCUCAACCGGCGCCACGUCGGCCGGCCUCUCGUCUCGUACGGCACGCCCACCGACCCCGGAGUCGAGCUGGUAUUUGCCUCCUACGACCGGCGCCUGGACGAUGUCGUGCCCAGCGCCCAGGACCGCAGGACCAUCAAGAAGGCCUGGGUCGCCACCAACUUCCCCCAGGACGAGCUGCUGCCCAAGUGCAAGCUCGCGUUCAACUCGAGCCUGGCCGAGUUCGACGGCUUGCCCGGCGUGGCCGUGCAGGUCACGAGGUUUAGCUGUGGCGGGUGGGCGGUGGGCGUGAUGAUGAGCCAUUGCCUUGCCGAUGCGGUGUGCUUGCUUCGGUUCGUGCACUCGUGGGCGGCACGGACACAGGCGCUUAUCGAGGGUGGUGAAGCUGCCGCGCUGCAUGACAGAAUUCCAAAGCCAGUGUUCGAGCCUGGGCUGCUCGACCAGCACGCCGGCCUCACGGGCAGCCUCGAGCCGGACGCAAAACUUGUCACGCUGGCUCGGUCGCUGCCUAUGCAUCGCUACGACUGGUGGGCUACCGACGCGCCUGGAUAUCCUGCCUAG